UACAAUCUGUGCCCUGACUUGAGCCUGCCAGAAUUAAACCUUACCAUGUUCUGCCUUUAAGGACUGCUUCACAACAAGCCGCCACAAUGAUGAAAACAAAGUGUUCGAGUAGGAAAACCAAGGAUUCCGAUCUCUCGCUAAUAAAUCAUGUGUGAAAGGAAGCCACAGUGAGAAAAUGGCUUCUCACAAGUCAAAGACUGGCACCAAGAUAAAUGUUACAAAGGCAGCGGAGGAAUCCAGUCCAGUGGAUGAAUAUGUCACACCUGGGGGCUAUGAGCUGGAGAAAAUCCUCAACCGUGGGAGUGUGGCUUACACUCAUGUCAACGAGGUCUGGCCUAAUGUCUACAUUGGGGACGAGGAGACUGCAAAGGACAAGCACAGUCUGAAGAGGCUGGGGAUUACGCACAUCCUGAAUGCAGCAGAGGGGACGUGGAAUAAUGUGGACACCGGAGCUGGGUACUACAGCGACAUGGACAUCGUCUACUAUGGCGUGGUAGCAGAAGAUGUCGCGACCUUUGACCUCAGCCAGUAUUUCUUCUCUGCUGCCCAGUUUAUAAAAGAAACACUGAGCAAUCCUCAGAAUAAACUGCUGGUGCACUGUGUGAUGGGAAGGAGCCGGUCCGCCACACUCUUCCUCGCGUACCUCAUGAUCUGUGAGAACAUGACGGUGGUGGACGCCAUCGAUCACGUGAAAAAGCGCAGGCGGAUCAUCCCAAACUGGGGCUUCCUGAAACAGCUGAGAGAGCUAGACAUGCACCUCCUGGAGAAAAGAGACUCUACUGAGCAGAGUUGAUUUUAAGACUCAUGGGGCAAGUCGAGCCUCAGGUGAAGCCUCAAGUCAGAGGAUACAAACUCAAGUCAGGUUUCAAGGAAUUGGAGACAAAGUCAAGUCUCAUUCAAAGAGUCAAAAGAAAUUUAAAACAAGUUCAAGUUAAAUCUCAAUUCACUGGAGACAAGUCCAAGUUAGGUCUCAAGUUAUAUCAGAACAGUUCUAGUUAAGUCUGAAGUCAAUCAAGACGAGACCUGGUCACGUCUCGGGGCUACCACAGCAACGCUCAAGUCCAAGUCCAGUUCAAAAGUCAUUAAAGACAAGUUCAAGUUAAAUCUGCAGGUUUUUAAGGUCUGAGUGUUGACCAUGAAAAUAACACAGCAUAUGAACCUUUUCCUUUUGUGUUGUUACCAUGUCUUUUUCAUAUUAACUAAUGAUACCAAGUCAUUUUUAUUAGAGACCUAAUAAUUAAAUAUUCAGUGUGAGUGGUCAUUCAAGGCCUGUCUGCUGGUGUCCCAUUUAUUUUUUUCAACUUUACCAGGUAAAAACCUCAGACGUCAAUGUCUUUGCUUUGAAGUUUUCGUGUCAAGUCCAGUUUUCUGAGGGUGAAAUUUCAAGUAAAUCAAGUGUCAGAGCAGUCGAGUCUGAGUCGAGUUUCCUUUUUUACUCAUGCUUUUUAUUUAAAAAUACUUUUCUGCAGAGAAAACAGCUGCCCGGAUUAUCAAUGCAUUCUCAUUCUGUGACACGCCUCAGGCUAGCAAAUGUUUCAAAUUAAAGGAGAACAAUCAA